AUCGCACGCAACGUAUCUACAUUUUCAUGUAUCGUGAUUUGAUUAUUUUGUUUAUAACCUGUAGCCAAGAACUGUCUAGAAGGACGGUUGAACAAAAUUCAAUUUUUUAUUUUGCUAAAGAUUAUGUAUAUAAUUAGUUCAUUCUAUUUAUUAGUUCUAUUUCACUAAUAAUUCUUCAAUCUUAAUUUUUUAUUCUAACCUCCCAACCGCACCGCAGUUGUUGGAUUGUGAACACGUGGUGGAAAGCCUAAUUUAACGAGAAAAGAAUGGGUCGUCAUAAAAAGGGUCGAUGUGUCAAGCGAAAUAAACAAAUAAAUCUGGAAGAAAAGGAAGAGUUGGUACAGGCACCUCAUUCCUUUAUAUUUCAUCGUGGCUUGCCAGGAGAACACAUUGUAGAGCUUACCAAGGAUUUUCGUAAAGUUAUGGAACCUUUCACAGCCUCAUCCUUAAAGGCUCGCAAAAAGAACACCAUAAAAGACUUUGUUUCUGUCGCAAGUGCACUUCAUGUUAGUCACAUGUGUAUAUUUACAAAAACAGAAUUGGGAAUGUAUCUUAAGCUUUGCAGACUGCCCAGAGGACCUACUCUCACUUUCAAAGUACAUAAUUUCUCCUUGGCAAGAGACGUAAUAUCCAUAUUGAAGAAGCAAAUGGUGUACGAGGAGGCGUUCAAAAAUUCUCCUCUGAUAGUUUUAAAUCAUUUUAGCGGAGAAGGCAUGCAGUUGAAGCUUAUUGCUUCCAUGUUUCAGAAUAUGUUCCCAACUAUAAAUCUGACCACUAUUAAUCUAAGCACGAUUCGCCGUUGCGUGUGCUUGAAUUAUAACGCAGCCUCGAAAACCAUCGACUUCAGGCAUUAUGCCAUUAAGGUUGUGCCCGUGGGCUUAUCGAAGGGUGUUAAAAAACUAGUGCAAGCGAAAGUACCGGAUUUGUCAAGGUGUCAAGACAUCUCGGAUUUCUUGACGAAACCGACCAUGUCCGAGAGUGAGGCGGAAGACGAUGAAGCCAACCACGUAAAACUGUCACAAAAAUUAUCUUCAAGGGGGAAUCAUGCUAACUCUACGAGUGCGAUCAGAUUAUCCGAACUGGGGCCAAGAUUAACGUUGCAGUUAAUUAAAGUAGAAAAUGGCCUUCUCGACGGGGAGAUACUCUUCCACGAACUUGUAUACAAAACGGAGGAAGAGAAACUGGCGAUAAAGAAAAGGAGAGAUGAGAAGAGGAAACUGAAGGAAAAACGCAAGAGGACUCAAGAAGAGAACAAGAAGAAGAAAGAAUUACAGAAGCAGGAACACAAGGAAAAAUCGCUCAAAGGAAUUCAGAAGAAGAAGAAGGAAAGCGAGAUACUGCUACAGAAAAUUGCAAAAGAAUCUGCCGAAAAUAACGAAUUGGAGGAGGACGACGACGCACAAUAUUAUCGCGACGAAGUGGGCGAGGAACCUGAUGAAGAUCUGUUCAAAGCAAAAACCGGCACGAAGAGGACGCACAAGCACACGAUGAGAUACAAAUCGAAGAAAUUGAAAUUCGACAAAUCGUAGAAUAAAAUUGUAAAAAAUAAUAUAAUAUUUCUGAAAUAAAACGCGCGUUACAUUCGAGUCUAUGCGAAACUGUCAAUAAACGUAAUCAUAUACAUACACUUUAGCAAAGUGUUUCAAGUAUAUAAGCGAGAGCAUUAAUAAUUUUUCAAUCAGCUCGCCGUUCAAGUAUCUUCUUAAAAAAAAUAUAUAUACGAUCAAAAAUCGUUUUUCUCAGUCGGAAAGUCACAGUGACUAUCACUCAAUUAUAAUGCUUUCACUUGUAUAACUUGUACAAGAAAUGAUUAUAUUUGUAUAAAAUUCUUACGUUACGUCAAUUACAAUGUAUUUCUCUCUUUUUCGAUUACACAUCUCAGUAUGUAAAAAAAAUAAUUUUAUCCGUGAUCUUUUGAAAAU